GUCAGAGUUGAACACGGAAACAGAAGAAAGUCGGAGCUGUACUGCGCAGGGUGCGAAUAUUUCUGCGUGAGCAGCAUGAACAGCGCUGAUUUCGAGAGGAUGGACAGUCUGGACGGCUGGGUGGCCAUCAGGAGUGAUAUAUUCGAGGACAGGGAGAGGUAUAAGAUGGGGUUCCUGGUGCAGUGGAGUGAGAUGGAGGGUAAGUUCGCUGUCAUCUGUCACAACAGGACCUUACAGCAGAAGAGGAGCCGGGACAUGAAGGACGGCCGGGACGGGGAGACCAGCUGGGCCGGUAUGUUCUCAGGAGACGAGCUGAAGCACGUCCACCAGCAGCUGAGCGGCUGUGCUGACCUGCUGACCCCCUACCUGCCCGACCUGUCCGGCUUCACUGAUCCUGGACUGUGGGGCAGCGUGAUGUUCUCCAGGACCGAGAGGCAGGAGCAGCAGGUCGAGACCGUGUGUAGACAGUUGGAGAGGUACUUCAGCAUGGCUGUGGAUGUGUGUGGAGCUACCAUCCUGCUGGAUGUUCUGUUCGGCCAGCAGGAUGGUGAAGGUGAGGAAGAGAGGUACUGCGAGAACCUGCUGGAGUUUAGGAGAAGAGCCAUGGAGGAGCAGGUCCAGAGGGCUAAGCAGGCUGUACUCAAGAUCGUACAGCGCCACAGUGGUGCGGCCGGACUGGUGCAGCUGAUGAAGAUCUACGAAGAAGAGCAUGAAGCCUACGGUGAUUUAGUUACCAUAGCAACGCAGUUCUACCAACACCUACUACAACCGUUCAGAGACAUGAGAGAGCUGUCGACCCUCCGGACCAUGGAGAUCCAGAAGUGUUUAGAGGUACAGGAGCUCGGGCCGAAGCGAGUGUGUGAGUUGGAGAGAGAGGCAGUAGAAUGGAACAGGAGAGGAAACGAUGCCGUCUGCUCCAUACAGGACGUCACUGUGUGUUACUUCACUGAUACUACAAGUGCACUCUCAGGCAUGCUGAAGCAAAUGGAGGUGGACCGGAAGAGGUUUGGCUCCGCCUCCUGGUCGGUGGCGACGCCCAGACUGGAGAAACUCAAAUUCCAGUUGGCGAAGGAGACGCUGCAGCUGAUGAGGGCGAAGGAGCUGUGUGUGAGCCGCAGGAAACAAGACAUCAAAGAGAAGAUGGGCAGUGUGUGCGAGGGUUCGAGUGUGUGUGAGGUGGACGUGCUGGAGCUGCAGUAUUACGAGGCUCAGUUGGAAAUGUACGACUGCAAACUAGAGAUCCUGAAGAACGAAGAGCUGCUCCUGUUAGCGCAGAUACACACCCUGCAGAGAGAGAUCAAAGAGCUGAAGGAGGAAGUGGUGUAUUACGAUGCGUGUGAAGACCCCGGCGAGCUGCAGUGUAUCCAAGCUGAAUCUAGCCCCGCCCACACAGGUGCUAACCCCACCCACUCUCACCUACAGCAACGCCUACUGCAGCUGGACAGGAAGAGGGCGAUGACAUCAUCACGGAGAGCUACACUCCGCAACCGAAAAGAUAGGUGUAUAGAGGCGCAUGAGCUCCAGCAGAGGGCAUCACAGCAGCGAGUCGAACAACACCAGCAACACCACGCCGUUCACCUGAAGCGAGAGAGGAAGAGGGAGGAGGAGGAGAAGAGGAAGGACUGGGUACAGACGGAGAGGGAGAGGACUCUCAGCCGACUGCGCUCCUUCAGAGAGAAGAGUAACGGUCAGUUCGUGAUGAAGACCCGUCGCUCCAGGCCGAACCCUCAUGACUCUGCUGCUGAUGACUCCGCCCAGCCCAUGUCAAUCAUCUCACUGACUCCGCCCACCCAAGCAAGAAGCACCACACCCAUGCAGAAAGGAAGGGGGCGUGGCCAGAAGCAAAGGGACAUCCCAGUACAAAUCCUGUUACCUCCAGGAGCAGGAGGGGCGGGGCCAGAGCGGGGUCUUACCCCACCCUCGGCUCCUCCUCCUCCACCUCCUCCGCCCCCUCCUCCUCCACCACCACCACCACCACCACCUCCUGUAGCUCCGCCCCCUCUGGUAGCCCCGCCCCCUUCUGUAGCACCACAUCCACUACGCUGUGAAAGAGAAGCUGCUGAACCGCCCACUGCUGGAUCGAUGGACGACGUUCUGGCCUCGCUGCAGAGGGGACGCGCUCACCUACGCAAGGUCACACCCAACCCACCCAGCGCCACCAUGGACACCGGCAACUUCAGAGACAACCUGCUCUCCGCCAUCCGCCAGGGCGUGACCCUGAAGAAGGCCCCACCCCCCAAAGGCCCCGCCCUAUCCCACAAUUCUGAGCUGGAGCAGAGCAUCAAAGCCGCCAUGCUGAGGAUGAAGAGGGUCUCUAACGAAUCAGACGAGGACGAUGAGGAAGCUCGAGAUACGCCCAUGGAGGAGUGGGACAGCUAGGAGUUUAUACACACACACUGAGCACUUUAUUAGGAACACCUACCUGGUACCUACGUUUAUUUAGUAUUUUAUAAGCUGCACCUACAAUAGAGGUAUACAAUUACUAACUGUAAUCCAUCUGUUGCUUUGUAUUGUGUCAACUUGCCCCCAUUCCUUUCUCAGAUGGCAUUUAUCAAUAACAGGGCAUGUGUUCCUAAUAAAGAGCUGAAUCCCAACAACACUGCUGCACACACACUACCAGCCAAACAUCAACUGGUCAGUGGGGGCCCUAUGGAGUCUGACACUGUGUACAGAGCAACACAUGGACUACAGUCAGUGAUUGUAUACCAACAAAGUUCACCUGUAUGGUCGGUGCAGCUUAUAAAUAAUCAAGGUAGGUACUGGAUAGGUGUUCCUAAUAAAGUGCUUGGUGAGUGUAAGCAGAGACAGUACACACACACACACACACACACACACAGAGCUACACUGUGGAUAUUUAAAGGUGGUUGAACGUAGUUUGCAUGUCUUACAGAUAAACGUUUAAUCUGAAGAAAUUAUAGUUUGUUAUUAUUAUUAUUAUUGAUUAUUAAUUAUAUUUUAUAGAUUUAAAGUACCUUAAUACAUCCUUGGUGAAAUUUCGGUACGUCACAACUCCUGGGAGUUUCCUCCACUUCUGCAUAAUGACUCUCACUGUGGUUUGCUGGAGUCCCAGAGCCUUAACUAUGACGUAGUAACCCUUUCCAGACUGGUACAUUCAGGUACCUGGUACCUGUGUUUGAAUCUCUGUCGAAUGUGGCGUCGUGCGCCGCUUCACGUUACCGGACAGGUUCAGUGAUCGUGCCCGGGCGUGGCUCGUCAAAUUAAAGGUUGUUAAAUGGUUGUUGAUCUAGUAGCAGCUGAACAAUACUUAUCCUCCAAUAAACAAAGUAUUUGUAUUUA